AUGAUCAAUUUCACCUAUCCAGAUAGCCGAAUUGUAAAGAUCUACAAUUUCCUCCAUCCAGGCAUGCUAAACCUCUACGCUGAGCAAUGCAAUUUGAAUCCGGAUUUGAUGAAACUCCACCCGGAUCCCGUAAAAGGCGCAAUUUACUUCACAAUUGGCAUCACUUUUGAGUUUAUUUAUCUGCUUUGUAUGAUCGCUAUGUGUCAACCAAAAUUCCUGAAUAUCGUCUGUUAUCGGAUACUUUUUGCCAUCGGUUGCUUCGAUAUGCUGGGAAUGCUCUGGAAUUCCUUGUUGCCUGCAUAUUUCUUGAUCACCGGUCAAUCGUUCUGUCACUCUCCGUUGCUCAAUCUUUCACUCGGAUCGGUUUGCUUACCCAUAUGGGCAGUGUACAGCGGGUUGAGCAUGUCGUUGGCAGUGAAUCGCUGUAUCGAUUUCGGAUGGCCACAUAAACAACAGAAACUCUUUGGCGAGAGAAUGAUCAUUCUGUGGACAGGAGCACCAAUCCUUUAUGGGAUUGCUUUGUGUAUUCAAAUGCCGGCAGCACUUUAUCAUCCCGGCAGUGCUACUUAUUAUUUUGCGGUCGAUCCUGCCCAUAUACAGGUUCCUUUCCUCUACACAAUAAACAAUGGAUUGGUGGCGGCGUUGAUUUUGAUUCUGAACAUUCUAAUGAUUCUUGCAAUGUUUCAUCGAAAUUUCAUGAUCAUGACAAAAGCACAAAGGAUUAUAAUGUUUCAAUGUUUGGCAAUCGGAAUGUCGGUUUUGGUGACCGGAUGGAUCUAUGUUUUUAUGCAAUUCGUCCCGACGCCAAUCUUUAUGAUAACUGUGGCCAAUGUUUGCUGGCAGCUCUCGAACGGAUCAAUGGCCAUCGUCUAUUUGACUGUGAACAAAUCGAUGCGAUUAGAAGUGCUUAAAUUGUUGAAGAUCCCGUUUCGAAGCAAAAUUUACGAUUCAAAUAACGUCGAUUCAGCAGAUCAGAUUCAACAGAAU